AUGUCCUCCCCAGAGCAGAACGCCCGGGUGUCUGCUGACGGCGGAGUAGUUAAGCGGAAACGCCCCGCUGCCUGUGUCCAUUGCCAUCAGCGAAAGGUUCGCUGCGAUGCGAGAACCGUCGGUUUGCCGUGUACCAAUUGCCGGACUGCCGGCAAGCAUGAUUGUCGGAUUCACGAGAAGAAAAAGCGGGCUGCUGUCCGGUCUCUGCAACAUCCAGUCCCCAUCCGCUGUGCCCCUGUCCCAGAGAGAACUGCCCUUCAAAACCAUCAAGAAUUACCCACUCCACCGUUCAAACCCCCUACUACCACACCCCCUUUCGUAGAUGGCCAAAAACAUAAACCGGAACCAACGGAGACAUCACGACUAACUUCCAGGAGUGAAGGCACUGAUGUGUCCCUCGACGAGGAGGAUAAUCGCGAAUCCGACCGCCAUCUGGUUAAAUUGAUCGAUGAGGACCUGCGCCAAUGCUCGAUCAAAAAAGGGGUAAGAGUUAUAUACGUUGGCCAGGACGUGUCCAACUUGAACUUCUUGCUCCGGCAGCAUACAGAUAAAGACGACGAAGUGUAUCAUUUUGCACAAAACCAGAUUUCACGAAGAUAUCUUCAAAAUGGAUUCGAACACGUCCCAAGAGAGGCGUUUGUCCUACCAGAACCGGCCCUUGCAGACGAGCUCGUCGAAGCAUACUUCACCCACGUCAACCCUGGCUGUCCCAUUCUCGACGAAGAGGGCUUCAUGGCCCAGUACAAGCGACGGGAUCCGGCAGAUGCACCUUCCUUGCUGAUCCUACAAGCCGUCCUCCUGGCCGGUGCCCACGUUACUCGCCCACGUCCCGCGCGUGAUACAUUGAAGGCGGCUUUCUUCCGCCGUGCAAAAAUGCUGUUCGAGGCACGGGUAGAGCGCAAUCGAGACAUUCUAGUGCAAGCUGCUCUCCUCCUUACAUGGUAUUCGGACCCAGUUGAUGAUGACGUCGCUGCGAAUGCACAUUUUUGGGUUGGAGUGGCCGCGAGGAUAGCCACAGGACUCGGAAUGCACCGCAAUUCCGGCCCAAGUAUGUUCGUUCCGCAUGAUAAGCGUAUGUGGCGUAGAGCAUGGUGGAUUUUAGUCCAAUUUGAUGUACUGGUUUCCUUGCAGUAUGGUCGACCGCAAGCUAUAAACCUCGAAGAUUGUGAUGUUCAGCCUUUGACUCCAUCAGAUUUUGAGGGUUGCGGCGAGCGUGUCCAGAUUGAUUACGUGAUCCAGUACACAGAGCUCUGUUGCAUGAUCUCGUUCAUCAUGAGAGAGCGUUUCGGCCUGCGAGUCACUCCUGAACGUCGAAAAGCGGCUCUUCUAGAGGCCGAUAAAGCCCUUGCCGAUUGGUCUCUUAAAUUGCCUGACAAUGUUCGGAUGUCCACUGCGGAUGUGGAUUCAUGGCCCGCGCUGCUCCAUCUUACGUACAAUAAUUUUCUUAUUCUUUUACAUCGGCCUCAUCCCAAAGCAUCCGCAUACUCGGAUGAUUACGGUCCCAACGAUGCCGAAAUUUGCAGCGCAGCGGCCAGUGUUAUUGUUUCCAUCUUCGAAGAGCUACGAGAAAAGGAUCGAGUAAAAUAUCUUUGGGUUUCAGCAGUGAAUUCUCUAUUCACGGCAAUGAUUCAGAUAAGAGUGGAACUUCGAUUUUCCAAUCCAGUUUUAGCAAUAAAUGCCCUUCGACGGUUCGAUUCAACAUUGUGCUCCUUACGCACACUUGCAGAUUAUUGGCUUGGCGCAGAGACGAUUUUGCGGCUAUUCGAGAGCUCUAAACGUUUGAAACACGAUAUGGAGAUGGUUAAAAUGAAACAGCCAAAUAUGCCCAAGGACGGAGAACCCGUCAUAAAAGGAUCGACCCAAUCCACCCCGCAGAUGGACAUACCCACUCCGCAAGGGCAACAAUUACAAUCAUGGUACUCAAAACCGCACCUAAAUGAACGGCUUAACUACUUUGCCAAGCAAACUCCCGCACCUACAGUCGAUAACCCAGCACAAGCAGCUCAGUUGGGUGAACCUGGCGAUUGGAGGCAGUUAUUCUCAAUUGUCGAUUCGGAGCCUUGUGGGCCUUUUAUCCCGGAAAAUCUAACUGAUAUGGAAGAUGAAUGGCGCGAGCUAUACCUACACGAACCGGGAAUGGCGGACUAUUUUCAGGAUACUGCAUGGCUUCCGAGUUGA